UUCAUAUAGGCGUAAGCCGAUGAUUACUUUCCUCAGUUGUAAGUGGUUCCUCUCCGCCAAUGAAUCCAUAGGUGUGAGGAGUCUUUCAGAGUUAGAGUCUGAGCACUCGGUCCAGGUUGCUAUGAUGGCUGCUCGUAAAGCCGAGCUUGCUCAGAAACAGAAGAAAAAGUCUGCCAAUCCUCCUCUCUCAAGCAAAGACGGUGAAGAGCUCCUUCCUACUGACGAUGAUGUCGAGACUUCUGAGGAGGGGUAUGUGGAUAUAGAUAUCGACCAAGAAGAACUUGACGCAGGUAGGACAGCCGACGACCAUGAGUCGCUCGCUUCCCGUCGUGCGAGAUUCAGGCCUGGUGGCCAAGCUCCUACCCAGGUUGAUACACGUGGCCAGUCCACGCACGAACGACCCGUUGGUUCUAUGAGGGGGUGAUAUUCCGAAAAAGAAAAA